AUGUCUGUUGCUGAUCCGGCCUUUUCGGGCCCUAGGCCAUCUUGUCCCAGAUGCGGGUUCGAGGGCUCCCCCUUUUCCCAUGAAGAUGCCAAUGCAAAAGCAGCGCAGCGGAGAAUCUCAGAGUUGGAAAAUCAAAUCAGAUAUCUAAAUCAACGUGCAGCAACGACAGCGGACUAUGAGGAUGAGAUCCGUCUUCUACGCUCAAAAUCCCAAUCCGCCUCCACAUCCACGCCUGCACUCCCACAAACACCAACCUUCACGCCGCCGUCACAGCUGAACUUGUCGCCUUCCCCCUCACCACCGCGGCAACCACAGCAACCGCAGCAUACUCGUUUCGCGACCCUAACGUCUUUCCUACCAUACGGAAAACGCAACAACUCGAGCGCCAACGGCGCGCCACUUAGCCACACCGUCUCCUUGCCCGAACCCACCCAAACUUCACCUCCUACAACCGCGGACUUUUCGCUCACCACGUCCCUCCAGGACGCUCUGCAGCGCGAACAAGAGCUUCGGAAAGCGGCCGAGUCGCGACUCACACAGGCAAACUCGGAGCUGGAAGAGCUCACGACGCAACUAUUCAGCCAGGCGAACGAAAUGGUUGCGCAGGAGCGGAAGGCGAGAGCGAAAUUGGAAGAGAGAGUUGCGCUGCUUGAGCGGAGGGAUGGGGAGAAGAGGAGAAGACUGGAUCGACUGGAGAAGGCGAUUCAAAGAGUAGAUAGGGUGAGGGAGAUGGUUAGCGGGUAG